AUCUUCACCAUCUUCCCCAUCAAGCCAACACAAAACUCCAACUCUGUACUUAAAGCACCCACUCCCUUCCAAUUCCCUCCACAAUCAAAUCCCCCACCUCCCAAUACAAUUCCCCAUUCACCCCCGCCACCUCCGCCACGAUGAUGCUCAGAGUUCGAAGCAGAGACGGCCUCGAGCGGGUCACAAUCGACAACCCAAACAUCACAAUCUCCCAACUCAAAACCCUAAUUCAAAACCAACUCAACAUCCCGGUUCACAACCAAACCCUAUCCACCAACCAAAACCUCUUAUUAUCCAAAUCACCGUCCGAUCUCUCCAAAUUCACUGACAUGUCUAACCCUAACACGCUUCUGUCUUCUCUCAGCAUUGCCCACGGCUCCAUGGUUUUCCUUGCCUACGACGGCGAACGGAGUAUCCCCGGCCCUGUUUUUAGCCCGGCUGGGUCGUUUGGGAAGAAGAUGACCAUGGAUGAUUUAAUCGCGAAGCAAAUGAGAGUCUCUAGACAGGAGAAUCCGCAUUGUGAGUCUGUAUCGUUUGAUCGCGAUUGCGCUAACGUUUUUCAACAAUAUGUUAAUGAGACGCUUGCUUUUGCUGUUAAACGAGGUGGGUUUAUGUAUGGGAUUGUGUCUGAUGAUGGUAAAGUUGAGGUUAAUUUUAUCUACGAGCCGCCUCAGCAAGGUACUGAGGAUAAUUUGAUGCUGUUUAGGGAUCCCCAUGAGGAGAAAUUGGUGGAUGGUAUUGCAAUUGGGUUAGGGAUGAGACGGGUAGGGUUUAUUUUUACGCAGACGAUUACCCAAGAUAAGAAAGAUUAUACCUUGUCCAAUAAGGAGGUGUUGCAGGCUGCUGAACUUCAUGCUGAGAGUGAUUUGAAGGAGUGGGUUACUGCUGUUGUGAAGCUUGAAGUGAGUGAGGAUGGCGGCGCUGAUGUGCAUUUUGAAGCUUUUCAAAUGAGUGAUAUGUGUAUUAGAUUGUUUAAGGAGGAUUGGUUUGAGAAAGAGAUUGGGGAUGAUUUGGAUCCUAAGUUGUCUAGAAUGAAGAAGGAUGUUGUUGUUGGUGUGAAAGAUAUUAGGGAGGUUGAUAAUGAUUUCUUUUUGGUUGUGGUUAAGAUUUUGGAUCAUCAGGGUCCCAUUUCAUCAUCCUUUCCAGUGGAGAACAGAAUCAUCGAGGUGACAAAGAGGGCACUGAAGAAUCAUCUGGACAGAUUAAAGAAUCUUCCGUUUGUGAAAAGGAUUUCCGACUUUCACCUGUUACUCUUUCUCGGAAGGUUUUUAGACUUAUCAGAUGUUCCUGCACUGGCAGAGUGUGUUCUAACCCAAACAGCAGUACCAGAAGGUUACCAACUUAUAAUUGAAUCAGUGGCCAAUUCAUGAUGUUCUGGAGCAAUCUGUGUGUUGAUUUCUGGGGGCAAAAGAGGGAUCUGUGCCCCAUCAACUUUAGUUACACAAUGUUUAUAUGUACUGCGGGUUAAUUUAUUUAUUUAAACUCGAGCAUCUUAGAAUCAAAUGAUUUGAUAUCUUCUCUCUUCUUCUGCUGAAUGUUUUAGUAAAUAAUUAAACACGCAAGCGUCCAACACAAGGUGUCUCAGGUCUUAUUCCUUAAAUGUUACUGUGUUCAUUGAAUGUUCGAAUGAACAUAAAUUGUCGAGACUUCUGAAAUUGAUAAACCAAAUUGGUUUUUUCA